GUCGUACAAAUCAGAUCGCCGCGUUUCCACCUAUAUAUAAUACUCUUCACCGGCCAUUUGGUCCCAACAGCAGCAAUGGCGUCUCUAAGACUCUGUAUCCUCCUCUCUCUGCUUCUUCAGUCCAUUCUCUUCAUCAACCACACGGUCAAAUGCGAUGACGAGGAAGAAAAUCUUCUACAAGGCAUUAACAUUUAUCGAGCAUCCUUAAACUUGACAGCUCUGACAAAGAACGAGAAAGCGGAGUGCCUUGCUGAGAAAAUGGCAGACCAAUUCCAAAAUCAACCCUGUACAAAUACCACAGGUUCCAACACUGUACCAGGCACUGAACCUCAGUUUGCCAACUACCCAAUCCUUCUAGCCAAGUGCGAUUUGAAUGUCACCAGCACGAGGGACGGAACCAUAAUGCCUGCUUGCGUUCCCAACCGGGUUCCAAGUCUUGUCCUCACUAACUUCACACAGUCCCAAUACUCCAAUUUUCUCAAUGACUCCAAGUAUACAGGAGCAGGGAUUGGUAGUGAAGAUAAUUGGAUCGUUGUCGUUUUGACCACAAACACUCCUGGGGGAAGCUUUGUUGAGGCUGCCAAUUCAGGCAGUUCAGCUUCCAAGCUUGGUCCGAUCCACUACUUGCCUGUUUUACUGAUGGGUUUCCUCAUAUUUAUAUGAGCUAAAGAGGAUGUUUGAGCAUUUAUUAGUUUGAUUGCUUUUUUCAUUGAAAUUGCCUAUAUGACAGACAGUGUACCAUACAGAUACAGAGGGGGGUGACCAUCAUUGUAAUGAUGGAAAGGCUUAAGUUAUCACCAUAUUGUUUGUUGGUGAAAGUUCUAAUAACAUCUGUUCCCUACAUGUAACUGGUUAAGUAUUUCAGUGAGGCAUACCCACGAGGAGCAUAACCUGUGAGUUGAUGUUCUUUUCUUGUAUUCGUUGUCAUUUUCUAUUUUCUGGAUUUUUAUGAGAUAAAGGGGGAGAAAAUUGAUUCAAUGACUUUCGCUUCAAUGCAUAUUUUUUCGUUA